UGAGUGUAUCUGCAGCUGGAGAGACAAGCAAUGACAGUGUGCAGUCACUGAUCAUGCCGAGCAGCAGACAGGAUGAGGCUGACCGGACCCUCUGGGUGGGAAACUUGGAUUACAAAGUGAAGGAGGAGAUCCUGUAUGAGCUCUUUCUGCAGGCAGGACCAUUGAGCAAAGUGACCAUUGCUAGAGAUAAAGACGGCAACACCAAGUCUUUUGGGUUUGUCUGCUUCCAGCAUACAGAAUCUGUGCCAUAUGCUGUAGCAUUACUGAAUGGCAUUCGCCUGUAUGGCCGGCCCAUUAAACUUCAGUAUCGAAUAGGGAGUUCCCACUCUUCAGAAUCGGACAGCGUUUUCCAGGGACCUGAAAACAGCUUUGUCAGAAGCCCUGUAGACUAUGGAAUGCCUGUAUCUUAUCCUGCACCUCCUGCUAGCAGCAGCUUCUUCUCUCAGGCAUAUGCCUAUUUUCAAGGAAUGAUGAACCAGUUCUUCACUGUACAGAAUCCUGCAUGUGGAUGGACAGCUCCAGAGCAGCAAGGCUAUGAACAGUUCUUCCCGUGGAACGAACAGACUUCAAUGAAUCCAUAUCCUGGACCUCAGCCAAGCUGCAGUUUUGGACCAAGUUCUUCCAGCUGGGAUUCAGAGAUGGCUUGGGACUGUAGAACUGGCCCAUGUGAAACAGGCCCUCAGAAUCCUAAGAGAACUGUGGAGAACAGAGACAGCGAUAGCUCUGAAACAAGUCUUCGGGAACUCAACCCUAGUAAAAGACAAAGAAAGCUCAGAGCGAAGAAAAAAAAGAACUUGGUGUAUUGCACUAAAUAG